CUGCUGCUGCUGCUGUGUUUGGCGCACAGCCCCAGUCCGGCUGCAUAUGCUGGUGGAGUCCUGGAGCGCGAAUCUGUGAAUCUGAGCGUGAGUCUGUGAAUCUGAGCGUGAGUCUGUGAGUUUGAGCGUGAGUCUGUGAAUCUGAGCGCGAGUCUCUGAGUUGUUGGACUCGCGACCGGCGUGACUCGUGACUGCUCCUGCCACAGAUGCAACGCUCCUCAUGGAUCUGCCUUUACGUCCAUAGCUGUGUGCCGGCAAGCAUGCGAGUGGGUGACUGAGUGAGUGAGUUAGCGGGCAAGUGGGUGACUGAGUUAGUGGGCGAGUGAAUGUGUGAACGAACGGGUGAGUGAAUGUAUGGUUGAGCAGGCGAGCGAGUUGUCGGGCCAGUGAGCGGGAAGCGAGUGAGUGGUUGAGCGCGUGAGUGAGCGAGUGGGUGGGUGAGCGAACUGCCGGAUGUAUCGGCCGAGCCUCGCCACGUUCCUGUGCUCCGCGUCUGGCCCGGCGUGGCCCGUCCCUCGCCUGCCACUCUGGCACGCGGCCUCCAGCGACAUGAGGAUGAGUGAUUCGCCAGAUGCUGCUAAACACACACUGGAUGGGCAGGAGGGCAGCCCAGGUCUGUGCUGGACCCAGGAGCCGUUCGCUACAGCUCAUAUCCCCCUCCUGCUGCAACAGCAGCACAGCCAAAACCACCACCAGCACAGUAAGGAGCGGAAUGGGCUGGACUUCCACCGACAGGUCAUCACUUCCGCACAGGCACAGGCCAUCCUGGGCCACUUCCAGCAGGUGCAUUUGGGUGCUGCGUUACAGACAGCCGCCGCCGCACAAUCACUCCAGUCGCCGGCAUUAAACCUGCAGCUGAAGUCGGAUGAGCUUGCGGAGCUGAAGCAGGUGUCACAGCAGCAAGCCGCCAUGCUGCAGCAAGCCAUCCCACAGGCACAGUUCAUGCUGUCCGGAAACCAGAUUACAGGGCUUGCCCUGCUGCAGCAAGCCCAGGCACAGCUGAUAGCAGCGGCUGUGCAACAGUCGGCCAAUCAGCAGCCGGUGUCGUCGUCGGCCUCCAUGGGCACGGCAAGCAGCGCCGCAAGCGCCCUCGCGUCGCUACCUCUCACCCAGUCCAUACAGCUGCAGGACUUGCAGCAGCUACAACCCCAGAGCCUGGGCCUGCAGCAGUUUGUGCUGGUGCAACCGGGCUCAGCGCUGCCCACUGGUCUGCUGCUGUCCCAGUCACAGCAACAGGGACUCCAACAGAUUCAAAGUCUUCAUCUACCUCAACAAUCUCAAACCAACAACAUGCAACCUCAGGGCACCAUCACGCUCACACAGGGAUCGUCCGUCCAGGGCGUGGGGGGCCGGGGGGCCCUUGGGGCGGUUCGCGUUCCCCCGCACCACGGGCCCCCUGCACACCAGGCCGGCGGGGGGCCCCCCAAGCGGAGCGGGGCGGAGGGGGGUGGCUCGGUGCCGAUGGAGGAGCCCAGCGACCUGGAGGAGCUAGAGCAGUUUGCCAAAAUGUUCAAGCAGCGCCGCAUAAAGCUGGGCUUCACACAGGGUGACGUGGGCAUGGCGAUGGGCAAGUUCUAUGGCAACGACUUCAGCCAGACGACCAUCUCUCGCUUCGAGGCCCUCAACCUGAGCUUCAAGAACAUGUGCAAGCUUAAGCCACUGCUCGAGAAGUGGCUCAAUGAUGCAGAGAACAUGUCGUGCGACCCCGCCGUGUCGAGUCCCUCGGGGGGCUACGAUGGGGGCCAGGGAGGGGGGGCUGGGGGACGCCGCCGCAAGAAGAGAACGAGCAUCGAGAACAACAUCCGCGGGGCGCUGGAGAAGAGCUUCCUCGAGAACCCGAAGCCCACCUCGGACGAGAUAGGCCUCAUCUCCGAGCACCUCAACCUGGAGAAAGAGGUGGUGCGAGUGUGGUUCUGCAACCGCAGACAGAAGGAGAAGAGAAUCAACCCCUCCUCUAUGUCCUCCUUCUCCAGCCACAGCCCCGGGGUGACGAGCCCCGUGAGUCUGGUAACAAACAGCCCUCCCAUGCCACAGACCGUGAUCCUCUCCGCCAGCCCCUCGCUCUCCACGCUCAAACUCUCCGCGAGCGACAUGGCCUCGGUGCUCAGCGGCGUCUCCGACCCGGCCAUCUCAUCCCCCUCCUCCGUGGGCUCCCCUCCACUGGCGGGCGCCGCCGCCACUUCCAGCGACUCGCUGGCUCUCUCGCUGGCUCCUUCCACCCCCUCUUCCUCCUCCUCCGGCGCCGCCAUCCUGCCGGCGUCCACGCCCUCCCCGUCCUUCCUGCCCUCCACCCAUACCGUCUUUUCCUCGCCGGUGCCCGCCAGUGCCAUGUUCUCGUCCUCCGCGUCGCCCGCAAUGCACGGCGGGGCGGCGCACGCCUGCACCCACGGCUCGCUGGGCCCCGGCGGCGGCGGAGGAGGCGCUCAGACCAUCACCCCGGCCACCUUCGCCAACAGCCUCCUGUCCACGGCGCUCAGCAGCAGUGGCACGCACGGCGGCGGCGGUGUGCCGAUCAGCACUGGCUGCUCGUUCGUCAUCGCCCCGACCAGCUGCAACCUCACCACAUCGGCCGCCAGCCUGCUCUCUGGCUCGGGACUGCUCUCAUCGCUCGGCGGCUCGAGCAGCACCAACGGGGGGCCCGGUGGUGGUGGUGGCGUCUGUGGCGGUGGUGGCGGAGGAGGGGGACUGCUGGGCUCGCUGGGGGGUGGCGGUGGGGGGCUCAUCUCCGGUGGGCAGAUGCUGGCGGGAGCCGGAAACGCGGGGUUGGUGAGCCCGUCGCAGCUCGCGGGUGGCACUCUUUUGAGCAUGAGCUCUGGGCUCGGGGGAGCGCUCAACCCAGCUCUGCUCACUAACAACACGCUGGCUACCAUACAAGCGCUGGCCGGCAGCGGGGCGCUCUCCAUGCCGUCGCUGGAGCAGGGGGGCGGGCUGGUGAUCACGGGGGCGGGGGGCGGGCGGGCGGGGGGCCCCACAGGGGGGGGCGGCCUGGUGUCGGCCCCCCUCUUCCUCAACUCGUCGGGGAUCCCGCUGCUCUCCAUGUCCGCCCCGUCCCCGCUCGGCUCAUCCCACGGCGCCGUGCUGGCGCUCGCCAGCUCGCCCAGCGCCGCCCUCAUGGCCUCCCACAGCGCACCGCACCCCAACUCCCAGAGUGCAUCGCUGCCCGCCUCCCAGAAUGCACCGCAGGGGAGCCACGGGCAGACGAAGGCCUAGAGCGGGCCCCCCCCUCCCACCUAACCAAAGGCUACAGUGACUGCAUCUCUACAGGCCUCAUCUCCAACUCCUAAAGACUGAGAAACAAAGAAAUUCCAAAAAGGAUCUUACACCAAAGGCUAAUAAAUAACUACUACUACUGCUAAUAAUAAUAAUGAUAGUGAUGAUGAUGACGAUGAGUGUGUGACUGUAACUGCACAGGCCGGCGCGAGACUUCAUGUGGCACUGUCAAGGCCGGACGUGCGGACUCGGCGCUGCCGCCCCCCCCUAUCCCCCGUUCCACCCAACCUCCCCGGCACCCUCACCACAGCGGCCCCGUCCGCCCCCGGUACCUCGUGGGGGUCUUUCCCCCUCGCCCCCUGCAAAACCAAAGGCAGACAAGUGAGGGGGUGAUGGUGGGGGGUGCGGUGGGGGGGGGCCCGCAGCAGUUCGCUGGGGCCGGGUGAGCGUGCUAUCGAGCGUACGAGUUUUUUGUCGUGCGUCGCGCGGUGUUUUUUUUGUUGUUGCGUCGCUCGGCGGUCUCGACCUCGCAGAACACAAAGUCGGCGAAAAACUGCGACUACGCUCGCGUUCGUUUCCGACGCUCGGCCCGCCGUUGCUGCCUCUGCCACCGCCGCCGCCGCCUCCACGCGCGUUUUAAUUUGGGACGUCGGGCGAAAAACCGCGGGUUACCUCCGCGGACUACCUUCAUAUCAUUCCACGUUUUUUUGUAACGCUGUUUCGUUUUUUUAGAGAGAGAGAAUCCGGUGAUUGUGUUUUGUUCUGUCUGUCGUUUUAAUUUCCAUCGCUGUGUUUUGGAAGACUGAGUACCCUGGUUGUACGUCGAUAAUGCCAAAUCUUGACGACGGGGUGCGGUGGGGCAGGGUUUGGGGUGGGCUUAAGAUAAAAGUGGGAAACCUCGGGGAAAAGAAUGAGAGGAACGAAAAGACGUCGGCGACUACGUGACGGCGGACGAUGACUACGAGUAGGAAACGAAGUCGUUCCUGGUCAAUGUGGAGAGUUAAUUAAUCAGUAAACCACUGCUUUAACUGAACACAGCUGUCAACCAAAAGUCGCGAUGUACAUUGCGAGAAAUACCUCAUUGCUGCACACAACGUGAUUGCGUGUCGCCGAGCUUUAACUGAGAACUCGAACCAGCUCCUAGAUUAUUAUUCUAGCUCCUAGUCGAGUAGACAAGGGGGGGUGGGUGGGUUGGGGGGGAGGGUUGGGGAGGUUUAAACGUAACAAAGGUGAGAGAGAGAAAAAAGAUAACGAGGCUUAAAAAAAGUCACUAAUUAAAAAAAAAGCUUUAAAUUAAAUUAAAAGACAAAAAAAUGAACGGGCCAAAACUUUUUUCUACGAGCUUUUAUGAUCACCAAAGGAAUUCAGUGCAGUGGGUCGGCCGAAUGGAGGGGGUGAGGGGGUCGUGCUGCGACCCCUCGUUGACCUGCCGUGUUCUUCCCAUCGCGUGACCUCCAUGACCUCGUCACGUGACCUGUGUAUGUUUUUUUGGGUGUUAGAGUGCAAUGUCGGGGAGAGGGAUGAUGAUUGAACUUUGACAGCCGGCGAGGGGGGGGGACACCCCCCUUCCCCUCCCCCCCUGCGUCCGCCCGGUGGGGAGGGAGUGGGGGGGCGAUGCAGAGGUUUUUGCUGCGCUGCGGAGAGAGCGAGAGGGAAUGUAGGAGGGGGCUCGAGUGAGGCCCCCCCCGGCCCCCCCCCACCCGCCCUUCACGGGCACGGGGAUCGGCUGUCGCCCGAGCCCUCUCACUCGUGCAUCUGACUGUAACGGAGUUUGUAUUCUUAGGAUUUGUACGGUGAUUGAUUAUUUCUACUGCUGAAUACGUAAGACAGCACACGAACCCGCAUUAUUAUUCUUACUGUCGUCGUCCUUAACUUGAGACCAAAAAAAAAACCGAUCCCGCAGUGGAUCCCCCCUGUACCCUGAACCCCCGGGGCGCCACCGUUGCCACGUGGUGGGUGGGGGGGGUGAGAGGGGUCCCCCCCCUCAUGGCCCGGCCACAUCACGGGGGGGGGGGGCGGGGGGGGGAGAUCCCCGCACAACCAAAGACUGGCUCGACUCGCGCAGCCGGGCCUGGCACCAACCCACGCUCCCCCCCCUCCCCCACCCCGUUCCUCGUCGGGGCGGUGUCGCCCUGGGGCCAUCCUGGGGCCACCAUAGGGCCACUGGGAAACCAACGGGGGAGGGGGGGGGUCACUCCCAAGCCACUGGUGGGGUGGGACAACGUGGAGUCACUUAAAGAGGCCACUUUAGGCCACCUGAUGUCACGUUGGUGGACCACGAUUGGGCUGUAAGAGGCCGCGCGAGGCAGGGCCCCGGGGACUCUGUGGGCCGUGCGGGACGCGAGCGAUUGAGCGGGAGGCGGAGAGACCGGGCGAGGGGGGGAGCGAGGGGGGCGCAUGGCUCCCAGACGAGGGGACGGCCUCGUCCCCCGCUGCUCGCCGUGCCCCCGCCGGUGUGGGCCCUGAACCCUGACCCCGAUCCCGAUGUUGUUUGAAAGGUCCCAUCUUGGGUGGGUGGAUUUGAUCUUUCAGUAUUUGUUGCAAGACAUGAAACCGAGUAGGCUGUUUUUAAAUGAUUUUCUUUUGUGUUUUUAUUUUCCUUUGUACAGUACAGCACAACAUUUCAGUAAUGGUUUUUUGUGUAGUAGUAAUAAUAUUGCCAAUAUGGGAUAAGAUUAGCUUUAAAGGAGUGAACUGAACUGCAGAAUGAACCUGGGCUGGGCUCUGCCGCCCGGCCUCGUUCCGUACCAAAGCCGUUGCUCUGUAAUAUUCCUCGUGGGUUCUUCUGUCAGAAACUGUGACUUGGGUUUAUCCUUCGUGUAGCUGAACUGGCGUCAGUCCCGACUUGUCAAAUACCUCAUUUAUUUAAAACAGCUAACCAAAUAAAUAGCUUUAAAAAAAAUUGAAAAUAAGUGGAAAAAAAAACGAGUAAGCGAAAAGGGGAGGUCCCUUGUGGCAGAUCGGCGCGGGCUCCUCGGAGCUGCCACGGUGCUGGAGGGGGGAGGGAGCAAAGACGUGAAGAGAAAAACCAAAGAUCUCAAAUCAAAAACUAAAAAAUACAAACGAAGCGAGUGAAUGUGAGACGAUCAUCGGCCGCGCGGGCCCCUCGCGGUCUGGUGCUGGGGCGCCCCAUCCUCCUCGCUCCUCGCCCCCCUUGGUCCUGCCGGGGGGGGGGGGGUCCCGCGGGGCGCGCGCGCGAGAGAGAGAGCUGGGGGUGGGGGGCCCUCCAGGGCCACGCGUUCACUUGGCAAUUUGCGACCUCCCGUGGCGACCCCCCGCCCUGCCGCCAGAGCCGGCAGCUUCCAAGAGGGCAUGGGGGGCGGGUCGGGUCGGGUCGGGGCGGCAGCCAAACGCUGCUGGGCCCUUGGCAGCGAUUGUCCCCUCCCGUUGCCUGCGGGGUUUUUGUGUUUUUGGCGUUGGUGGAGGGGGGGGGGAAGCGGCCCCGUCUCUCCUCGCCGACGUCCAACUCGGCAACAACCGUUGUGGCGCGAGGUUUGAGCCUGGCCCGCUGCCCCGGGGUCGAUUGACUCGAGAGAGAGCUGGGGGGGGGGGGGGGGGGGUUCGCCGGUGGCUGCCACGAGGGACGGGGGCUAAGCUGGCGAUUUGGAUUAACACACACACACACUCCCGCGGCGCUGGGACCACAGACCACCCCGCGAGUGGGGGGGGCGUGCCCCCCUCCCCCGAGCGGGCUCGGCACAGCCCCCGGGGCAGGGGUACCCCCCCACACCUCAUAAAUCUACGGCUGCCGAAAAGGCCUCUGCCGCCUCUACAUACAGCGUUGCGUGUGGUGUGUGCGUGUGGUGUGUGCGCGUGGUGUGUGCGCGUGGUGUGUGCGGCGCGUGGUGUGUGCGCGUGGUGUGUGCGGCGCGUGGGGUGUGCGCGUGGUGUGUGCAUCCCUCCUCAUCUGCUGUGCCAUGCAUUGUUGGUAGACUAUGCAGCUUAGCUCUAGCGGGAGGCUGUCACUGCGUCGUGUGACGUGUGCGUGUGUCAAGGCAAAAGUGUGAGAGCUUCGCCUGUGAAUGUAAUUGUGUGUGUGUGUGUGUAGCGCGAGUUUUUGUGUGUGCUGGUGGACCCGGAGCAAUGCACAGUAUCGCAAUUGUCACAGAAGUGGCAGUCAAAACCAGGUUAUUUAUUAUGAUUAUGAUUCCGAUUUUUACCUCACCGAGUCUUUUUAAGACUCGUUUUGUUCAGGAGGGUCAGUGCAAAGUUGUCACAGUAAGGGGCGAUGUUGCUGUUGCUGUGUGAUCCCAGUUGAGUAAUUUGCAAGGUAAUAUUUCGGUAUUGAGAUGUUUUAGCUCAAACCAAUUACAUUGUGUAUGUGUGGGUUUAGCUCAGGGAGGAAACCUCACACAGAACAGGGGGGGGGGAGAUCAUACAAACUCCACACACUCGUAUGUAGUCUGUAGAACAGGGGGGGGAUCAUACAAACUCCACACACUCGCAUACUCUGCAGAACGGGGGAGAUCAUACAAACUCCACACACUCGUACGUAGUCUGUAGAACAGGGGGGAGAUCAUACAAACUCCACACACUCGUAUGUAGUCUGCAGAACGGGGGGAGAUCAUACAAACUCCACACACUCGCAUACUCUGCAGAACGGGGGGAGAUCAUACAAACUCCACACACUCGCAUACUCUGCAGAACGGGGGGAGAUCAUACAAACUCCACACACUCGCAUACUCUGCAGAACGGGGGGAGAUCAUACAAACUCCACACACUCGCAUACUCUGCAGAACGGGGGGAGAUCAUACAAACUCCACACACUCGUACGUAGUCUGCAGAACGGGGGGAGAUCAUACAAACUCCACACACUCGCAUACUCUGCAGAACAGGGUGAAACAUACAAACUCCACACACUCGCAUACUCUGCAGAACGGGGGGGAGAUCAUACAAACUCCACACACUCGUACGUAGUCUGCAGAACAGGGGGGAGAUCAUCCAAACUCCACACACUCGCAUACUCUGCAGAACGGGGGGGAGAUCAUACAAACUCCACACACUCGCAUACUCUGCAGAACAGGGUGAAACAUACAAACUCCACACACUCGCAUACUCUGCAGAACAGGGUGAAACAUACAGACUCCACACACUCGCAUACUCUGCAGAACAGGGAAUCGAAUCCAGGGCCGUUCUUGCUGAGAGGCCAUGUAACCAACGCUGUGCCCCCCUUUCCCAGAUGAUGAAGUCUCCCGCUUUAAUUUAUGUGGUUUGCAUUAUUCACCGGCUCCGCAAUAACGUCUGGCGUGAAUGUAUGAAUUGUAGACAAAAAACGAAACAAUUUCUUUGAAACCGCCUAUUUUCUACUGGUUUGGAGGAAACAAGAGAAACGUGGUUCAAGAUUGCCUGGCAAACGUUCAGCAAGCCGGCAAACUAUUUAUGAGUUGGGAUGGCACUGUCCCAAACAACGCGUCCAUGGUACUGUGGAUUGCUCCACCUGUGAGUGCGCACGUGCGUGAGCGACUGCGUUGUGUGCGAGUGUCGUGCCCGUGUGUCAUGUGCAAGUUACUGUGUGUGUGUCAUGUGCGAGUUACUGUGUGUGUUUGUGUAAUGUGCGAGUUACUGUGUUUGUGUGCGCGAAUGCCCAUGUACAGGGGUCGGCAACCUGCGGCUCCGGAGCCGAAUGUGGCUCUUUGAGGACUGCUUCGUGGCGUUAUUUAUUAAGGACCCACCGUCUCAUAUACACGUUGAUUUGUGGCUCUUGAAAUAGUGAGUUGUUUGACGAAUUCGCAAAAAAUGGCUCUUAUUGCUAGUUUGGUUUCCGACCCCUGCUCAUGUACAUCCACGUGUGUAAAUGCUUGCGUGAGUGCGUAGGUGUGCACACAUGUGCGUGAGUGUGCAGGUGUGCACACCUGUGCGUGAGUGCGUAUGCCUGUGUGCAUGACUGUGCGUGUCAGUGCGUAUGCCUGUGCUUGAGUGUAAGUGCACGCGUUGAGUGUGUGUACGCCUGUGCGUGUCAGUGUGUAUGCCUGCGCCGAUUCGUGAGCGUGCACACUCGUGUACGAGCGAGUCCGUAGGUGUGCAUGCAUGCCUGUGCGUGAGUGCACACUCGCGCUUGGUGCGAGCGAGCGUGUACAUGUGCACAUGUGCACGUCUGCGAGUGAGCGAAUGUGUACAUGUGCACGUCUGCGAGUCAGCGAGUGAGUAUGCCGGCACACGGGGAGGGGGGGGUCCCCCAUCCGCACUGAGCUCCGCGUGGUGGGGGGCUUGAGGUUGGGUUUGGAUUUGGGGGCUCUGUCUGUUGGCCGCCGCCUCCAUCUCCGCUCACACCCCCCACCCCCGCCGUGUCGUGUAGGAGGCAGCGCCAGGCGCCGCCUCAUCAUCCCAAAGCGCAAGAGGAACCAAAAUCUCUGCCUUCUGUGAUACCAAAGACGCUAACAAGUUGUGGUGACCCUCACCGUGUGUGUGUGGCGCCCAUCCAAGUCCCCAGCUGAGCGCCAGUCUAACCUCACUGAUCCAAAGCGUAUAGAUAGAUGUAUAUAUUUUGCUAGCUCUAGCCUGAAUGCUGUUGUAACACGUGAUGAUCCAGAGAUGUAUAUGCUGUCGUGGUCUAGAGACAAUUAGGUUUAGUUAACACUUGGUGGUAUUGUCAGUAAAACAAUUGUACUGUAUCUGUAUUCAUUCGUAAACUGUUGUAUGUCUUUGGCAAAAGAUAAAGAGAAAAAAAAGGAUUUGUGUUAGUAUUAUGUAUGUAUUUUAUCAACUGUUAAGGUUUUUACCUCAGUAAGUAACUUGCUGAUGACUAGGUAGUGGAGAUGACACGUUUGUGGGGUUGGGCAGGAACAAAAACCCGCUCUUGUAAAGGCAAACAUAUCGUGGUUAUUUUUCCUAUCAGGCGGUCGGUUCUUCUGGGCUGUGUUAUCGCAUUUACUUUUAGGCACUGGGGUACGUGUGUGUGUGUAAUGUCGCGACUUGUGGGGCCGGUUCUGUGGACGGGCGCAUCAUGUAAACUUUUAACACCCCCCGUGAACGCUCAUAAACGAUGUGGAACUGCCGA